AUGGCUGCACGGCGCUGGACGGCCCUGCAGCUCGCCCUCGCCUCGGCGGCGGCGGCGGCCGCGCCGAGGCUGCCGGCCACCGGCGCCUGCGCCGCGGGCGGCCGCGGCGGCUGCGCGCGGCCGGGGGAGGAGGCCGUGCUCGUGCAGCGGAGGGCCCGCGCGGUGCUGAGGGCCGACGGCGAGGCCAGGCGUGCCGAGGGGCGUGGAGAGCAGGAUGACGGGAGGUUCCUGCUUCACGCCACGUUCGGCCCCACGCGUGGCAGCCUGGCAGACUUGGGCGGCAAGACCUACCAGGAGUGGAUCCUAGAGCAGAUGCGGCUCCCCGCCGGCUCCCACCGCGAGCACUUCCGCCAGCGCGCAAGCCCGCGCUUCGACCCAGCGGUGGACUACGUCUUCAAGGAGCGGUCUGCCUGCUCCAAGGGAUCGCGCUGGCACAGGUACGCGCUCUCCGUCGCCGACGUCGGGAAGCGGAUCAGCGUGGCCGGCGGGCGCAUCCUCGUCGACGGCGCCCUUCGGUCGGAGAUCGACCCCGAGUUCUCCGAGAACGGCCUCGACGCGCCCUCGCAGUGCACGGACGUGCCGACCGAGUGGUGGCAGAAGAAGGGGAUCACGUGCGCUGAGAAGGCCAGCCGGAUGUUCACGUACUGCAAGUACAAUGACGACUGGGUCGCCGGCACAGUGUGCCAGCAGUCCUGCUUCGACGCCGGUUUCCGGUACGAUGGCGACGACUGCUCGGCGGGGUGGGGCGCCCUCGACGGCCUGGCCGGCCUCGCCGUGUGCUCCGUGGAGGAGGCGGUCGGCGGGCUCGUGGCCCUGAGCGCGAGGCCCGAUUGCGCCGCGGCCAGCAGGAGCUUUGUGGAGAACCCCGCGAUCUGGUUCUCGGACACGUCCCAUGCCCAGUGGACCGGCCUGCCCUUCGACUCCAGCGCGACGAAGGCGGGGCUCGUGUUCCUUUCGGAGGACAGCCCAAACUGCAGCCUCGGCGGCAGUGAGUUCAUCCGAGGUCGGCACCUGGGCGCAUUCUACCGCUACGACGCCAGAGUCGAGCUCGCCGACAACACGUGCAAGCUCCAGGGGGAGGAGAGCGCCCCUGGCAGCGACCUCGGCCUCUGCGGCUCGCCUGGCGAGGUCCAGAACCUGCCGACGGAGGGACACCAGCUGCCCCUCCGCGCCGCCCACUUGGACGACGCGCGGGAGGACACGCGGUACGACAACAGGUACGGCUCGGACCGCGCCCGCUGGCCGCCGCUGUACAACAGCCUGGGGAAGGGCACGGUGUGGCUCGCCAAGGCGCUGGGCGGGCAGGACCAGCUGCGGCAGCGGAUGGCGUGGGCCCUGUCGCAGAUCUUCGUGACCGGGUCGUCGGGCACGAGCCACGACGCGUGGAACGAGCUCUUCCUCGCCUACUACGACAUCUUCGUGCGGGGCGCCUUCGGCAGCUUCCGGAGCCUCCUGCAGGAGGUGACCUUCUCGCCCCUCAUGGGCGAGUACCUGACGUUCGUCGGCAGCAGGUCCUACGACGCCAGCGGCUCCUACCCGGACGAGAACUACGCCCGCGAGAUCAUGCAGCUAUUCACCGUCGGCCUCGUGAAGUUCACGCCAGACGGGCGCGUGCAGGUCGACGACAAGGGCGCCGACGUGCCGACGUACGACAACGACAACAUCAUGAGCUUCGCGCGCGUCUUCACGGGCUUCGUCAGCCCCCCGCCGCGAGACAACAUCGAGCUCCGGGACGGCAGAAACUUCAUCGACCCCAUGCGCCUGCGGGCAGGCCAUCACGACUUCUUCCCGAAGCACGACCUCCACGGCGGCUACCUCGGGGACGGGCUGCCGCAGUGCAGCUCGCUGCCGGAACGCCCCUUCCUGCUCCAGGGCGCCCGCUUCGAGUGGCGCGGCAGCGCCAUGCCGGACUGCACCUCCUACGACACCCGGCACGAGCCCCAGAACAUGCCUGGCCAGGGCGCCACGAAGGUGGGGUCGGCCGCAGAGUGCCAGCAGAGGUGCGCCUCGGUGUCCGGCUGCGCCCACUUCACGUUCUAUGGCAGCGGCAGCUGCCACCUGCAGGACAGCGCCGCGCGCGCGGCCUACCGCGCCUCCGCCACCACCGGCCCGCCCGACUGCGCCGCCCUCGUGUUCGAACCGGAGCCCGGCUCCGAGCUGCUGCGGGCGCUGUGCGGCGGCGACGCCGCGGACUGCCGCGCCGCGCCCUCGCGCACGCUGGCGUCCGCGCUCGCCUGCCGUGGCGCCGAGUGCUCACUGGACGGCGCGUUAUUCUUCAAGGUGGCGUGCCCUGCCGGCGUCCACCUUCCCGGGUGCGGCUACUACGAGUUUGUCCCGCCGGCGUGUGUCCACCCGUUCUUCUUCGAGGGGAGGUACACCGCGGACGGGCAGUCCUUCGACGAGCUGGAGUGCGCGCAGCCGUACGGCCGCCUGGCCACCGCGUCAUGCUGCAACGCGGGGUGCCGAAACAACCCGACGAGCUGGAUGGCAAGCACCGGCCGGGGCUGCGCGAACCACAGCGAGACGUGGGUCAGCAGGGGCGUCCCGGUCAUGACCACGAGCAAGUGCAGGAGUGGCGGCUCCAGCUGGGAGGCCAACAAGUACUGCCAGCUCGCCUGCUGGGAGGCGGGCGUCGGCUACCCCGGCGACGACUGCUCGGCGGGCGAGUACGUGGAGCGCGUGGCCUGCGGGGAGGCCUCCGACCUCGGCGGUGCGGAGGCCUUCUGCGCGACCCAGGGUCUGAGCCUGUGCCCGGCGAAGGCGGACGAGGUGUGCGAGCCGAAGGGGGGCCGAGUGUGGACCCCGCAGGCCUGUUCGGUCUCGGUGCAGGUGCACGCCGACGGGGCCAUCAGCGCCCACACGGACGACCACCAGCAGAACCGCUUCCGCGUGAGCUGGAUCGGCCCCGACCGCGCCCCCGCGGGCGAGUACAGCGCCACGGUGGAGGCCGCCGCCGUGUUCGCCACGACGCCGUCCAGAGGCGACGUGCUCGCCCUCCUCAAGGUCGCCGUGUUCGCGCCCCCGCCGGGCGCCGCCUGCGCCCAGCCCUGCAGCGGCGACGUCAAGGUCUGGGGGCCGUCCCCCCCAGACGUGGAUACCGUCUUCGAGGUCGGCGGGCGUUUCUACAAGAACGAGCAGAGCGUCGUGCGCGUGGGGUCGGCCUCCUUCCGCAACCCGCCAGUCUUCGUUGCCCCGGGGCCGCUGAGGGAGGUCGGCCGGCCGCUGGAGCGGGCGGUGAGGGCGGAGAUCGACAGCCUGCUGGACCACCUGUUUCGCCAUCCAAAUACUCCCGUGUUCAUCAGCAGGAAGCUGAUCCAGCGCUUCGUCACCUCUAACCCGUCGCCGGCGUACUUGGAGUCGGUGGUGCGCGCCUUCACCACGGGCUACCAUGAUGGCGUGGCGUACUCUGGCAGCUACGGCGACCUCGGCGCCACGAUCGGCGCCAUCCUGCUCCACCCAGAGGCGCGGUCCUCGAACUCGAGCGCGGCUGGUCUGCUCCGCGAGCCGAUGCUGAAGCUGGUGCAUAUCAUGCGGUCCAUGGAGUACGUGGACAUGGCCGACGAGGAGGUUGUCUUCCGGAACCUGGACGCGAUUAUCGGGCAGUUCCCCUACAGAUCCCCGACCGUCUUCAACUUCUACGACGCGAUGUACCAGCCGCCCCGCUUCGCUGGCAUGGCGGCUGAUCUCGAGCAGGAGCUCGAUUCAACGACCGCGGCCCAGCCGGGGUCGGACCCCGAGCCCGAGCCGGAGCCGGAGCCCGAGCCGCUGGUGGCUCCGGAGUUCCAGAUCUUCACCCCGCCCUUCGCCAUGGGGUUCCUCAACGGCGUGGCCUCCCUGCUGGAACACGGCGUCAGCAAAUGCGACCACGGCCUCGGCAGCGCCGGCGGCGGCAUGGAGUGCCACCAGGGCAGCCUCCACUUCGCCGCCGCCGCGCCCGACGCGGAGGGCGUCGUGCAGGAGCUGGACAUCCUGCUCACCGGCGGGCGCCUGUCGCCGGCCACAAGGGAGCUGGUCCGGGCGGCGUACGAGGAGCACGGCCUGGGGGGGGCGCAGCAGGCCGUGGUGCUCACGCCCGAGUUUCAGACCCUCGGGGCGCCGCAGCACAGCGGGCAGCGCCCCGUGGAGGAGGCGGCUCCGCCUCCCAGCCCAGGCGGCUCGUACCGGGCGGUGGUGAUGCUGUUCCUGCACGGCGGCGCCGACACGUACAACCUGAUCGUCCCCAUCGGGUGCGGCCUCUACGAGGAGUACGCGGCCGCGCGCACGAGCAUGGCCAUCGCGCAGGGCAGCCUCUUGCCCGUGACCGCCUCGAGCGCGCAGCCGUGCGGCCAGUUCGGCAUCCACCCAUCGCUGCCGUUCCUCCGGGAGCUGUACGAGGAGAAGAGGCAGGCGGCCUUCGUCAGCAGCGUCGGGGCCCUCGUGGAGCCCGUGACGAGGGACACUUUCAGGGGCGGCGGUGCCAAGACCUGCCUGGGCCUCUUCUCCCACUCGCACCUGCAGUCUGCGGCACACACGCUCAAGUGUCAGGUCCCCGGCGCGGCGCCGAGGGGUGCGGGGGGGAGGAUGGCGGACGCGCUCGCCGCCUCGCACGGCAAGGCGGUCGCGUCCUUCUCGAUCUCGGGCACGUCUACCUGGUCUGGAGGCUACAACACCAGCACCGACAUCAUCGAUAAGACUGGCGGCGCCAUCCGCUUCAACAGGUACAAGGUCUGGAGCUCCACAAUCAGCGGCAUCGCCAGGCAGAAGUACGACAGUGUGUAUUGCGAGGAGUACACGCGAGCGUUCGCGGACCACGUCCGCAGCAGCGAGGCGCUGGGUGCCAUCCUCGAUGACGUGACGCUCGAGACGGCGGCCACCUACGCGACGGGCACGGGCCUCGCUAAGCAGCUGCAGCAGGUGGCCCGCUUGAUCAAGGGGCGGAGCCUCCGGCUCGCGGAGCGGGACUUGUUCUUCGUUCAGCUCGCAGGCUUCGACACGCAUUCCGGCCAGACUGACAGGCUCUCGGAGAACUUCGCGGAGAUCGACGGGGCGCUCAAAGACUUCGUCGGGGAGCUCACCCAGCAGGGUGUCUUCGACGACGUGGUCAUCGUGACGCACUCGGACUUCGGUCGCACGCUGACCUCCAACGGCGCCGGGACGGACCACGGCUGGGGUGGAAAUCAUAUCGUCAUCGGCGGCGGUAUCCACGGGGGCCAGAUUUUUAACAAGUUCCUGCAAACGUACAUGCCAGAGUCUGAGUACGAUGCCGGCCGCGGCCGCGUGAUCCCGCAGCAUCCGUGGGAGAGCGUCAUGGUGCCGAUCGCGGAGUGGAUGGGCGUGGAGGAGCUCGAAGCGGUCUUCCCCAACCUGCCCAACUUCAAUCGCUCCACUCACAUCAUAAGCCGCGAGUCACUGUUCAAGGCCUGAGCGGGAGCAGCAUCAGAGGACGAGCAGGAAGAGGACAUCAUUCCAGCAGGGGCCCCUUCGUUAAUGAGGGCCCUCCUCCAUCCCCGACGCGGGCCGAGGGUCCGCGUCGGCCUGCCGUUUCUAGGAAUUCGGGGCCCAUGCCUGCUAGCAUGUCGGGGCCCGCCGUGCUGCCCUCGGGGCCCAAGCGUCCCAGUCUGCGUCUUUGUCCUGCUCGCGUCUUUGAGGACCGAGCUUCGUUUGCCCCCGCCGCCCGCCGGCCGACCUCGGGGCUGCGACCAGUGCGCCCCGAGGAGAGCCCUGGCACAGCACCGCCGCGGGCGCGCGGCGCACGCCACCAGCGCGUCGAGGGCAGCGCCGCGGUCGGGAGUUCUGGGAUGGCGUGUCGCUCCGCCGGCAAUGGCCCAGCAGGCUUCGGCGCGACACGCUAUCCGCGCCCCCAUUUCCGGGGGCGUCAGCGUCCCGAGCUUUUCCUGACCUCCCGCCCCGCGGGGCGGGGCGACACGGUAUCCACUUGCACGGGCCGCCGCGCACGUCGCCAGGGCCGCCGCCGCGACACGCUGAGCAAAGUUCCCGACCGUAGGGGGGAGUAGAUUCAGGGGGAGAUUCCCUCCCUAUCGCUUCCCCGUCGGCACCUUCGCAGCGCGCCACACGUGCCGCUUGGCCGAGGGACGCGGCAGAGUGGAUUGUCCGAGCUUCGGGAGACAACCGAAAGAAAAGAGAAGUGGCCACCUGGCACGCUGGGUUGCCGCUUCUGCCAGCCCGCCGGGCUGCCCUGGAUCCCCUGCGUGCAGCUGCCAGCCUUGUCUCUCCGUCCUUUGAAGAGACUGACAGGGUGGAUUCUGACAAAAUAUUGGUUUCGCCAUGUUUCUCAGGCGCUAGGAUGGAUGGCCCUCACAUUGCAGGCAGAUGCGUUGAACUCCGAUUGUCUCCUGGUUUGGUGGACUCCGGAACGCUGACUCGUACGACCGCUCUAG